AUGGGACCGGACGCCGAGCCUGUUCCCGAGGCUGCAGCUGCCCCCGCCGCAGAACCCGCCGAGCCUAUUCCCGAACCUCCUAGCGUGCCUGAAGCAGUAGCGGAAGCGCCGGUGGCGGAAGCUGCAGUGGUGGCGGACGCUGCUGUUGCGCCAGCGGCGGUGGAGACGGUGGAAGCGGGCGCCAAGGGUGAAGAGAAGGCGGCAGAGGGACAGGAGACAGCACCGGCGGAAGUUGUGCCUCCGUCAUCCGACACGGUCAAGGUCUACAUUGUCUUCUAUUCGAUGUACGGGCACGUGCUGACCAUGGCGCACAAGGUGAAGGAGGGCGUCGACAGCGUCGACGGCGCGCAAGGCUUCCUCUUCCAGGUGCCCGAGACUCUCCCUGACGCUGUUCUGGCGAAGAUGGGCGCGCCGAGCAAGCCGCUGGACAUCCCGGAAAUCACGCCCAAGGCGCUCUUCGAGGCGGACGCGAUCAUCUUCGGCUUCCCCACGCGCUUCGGCAUGAUGUGCGCGCAGAUGAAGCAGUUCCUCGACGCGACGGGCAGCCUGUGGCGCUCGCAGGCGCUGUCGGGGAAGCCUGCGGGGUUCUUUUUCAGCACGGGCACGCAGGGCGGCGGACAGGAGACCACUGCGCUGACGGCGAUCAGCCAGCUGGCGCACCACGGCAUGAUGUACGUGCCGGUGGGGUACACGUACCAGGGGCUCUUCAACCCCGAGGUGCACGGGGGCUCGCCCUACGGCGCCGGCACGUACGUGGCGGACGGCAGCCGCAACCCCAGCGAGCUGGAGCUGGAAAUGGCGGCGCACCAGGGCCGGCUGACUGCCAUUGUGGGUGCUAAGCUCAAGAAGGGAUCUCUGGCUGAGGAUGCGGAGGAGGGGGGUUGA